AUGCGCGUGACGCGCAACGAAGAUCGUGGAUAUUUUCUUUACCAGGAGGAGGCGAUCGUCGACUUGCUGCGUGACCACGGCAUGACCGAUACCAACUCAAGUCGUGCGCCUAUCGGGACAGAUGUUUAUGAAGUUCAAUGUGCAGACUGCGGACUACUUGCAGACACGGGUGCUCCAGGUCAACCUAGCGUUCGUGCUUCUCAUUCAAUUGUCGGAUCGUUGCUAUGGGUAGCGAUGUGCACAAGACCCGACAUCGCAUUUGCGGUGCACAAGGCAACCAGACAAGCACACGAGCCACGGGUCCAUGACUGGAAAUUGGCUAAGCGCAUCGUGCGAUAUUUGAGUGGCACGCGUGGAUUGAAGAUCAGCAUGAAUCCAGCAGUCGAAGAAACUGCACAACCUGUUAUAAUGAGCUACAGUGACGCAGACAACGCAGCCGACAAGGCAGACAGAACGUCUUUGACCGUGUCUGAAGCUGGACGAGAGCUACUUGGAUUGAGAGAGACGCUGAGUGAGAUUGAUGAGUCGGCUGCACUACCGAUGAAAAUGCUAAUCGACAACCAGGCAGAGAUACGGCAGAUUGAAGGAGAAGCGUCGUCUACUGAGGCCAAGCACAUUGAUCUGAGAGUCAAGUGCUUGUGCAAAUAUGCUUGUCGAUGCAUUGAGGUGCCACAAUAUGUGCCGAGCGACCUGAUGCUAGCGGAAGUACUCACCAAAGCACUCGAUGCAGUCAAGACGGUCAAGUUGCGAUCACUUCUUCACAUCGUGUAA